CGAGGAUAUAAAAUUUUGUCAUUUUACAGCUGAGCAAUUUUUCUAAAAUGUUAGAUAGCAAAAAUCAUAAUAAAAUUAAAAUUGGCCAUUAUAUAUUGGGUCCUACUUUGGGAGUAGGAACUUUUGGAAAAGUUAAAAUCGGCAAGCAUGAUCUGACAGGCCACCGGGUCGCUAUCAAAAUACUCAAUCGUAACAAGAUAAAAUCUUUGGACGUGGUGGGAAAGAUUCGUAGAGAAAUACAAAACCUCAAAAACUUUAGACAUCCUCACAUCAUCAAAUUAUAUCAAGUCAUUAGCACGCCUACCGACAUAUUCAUGGUUAUGGAAUACGUUCCUGGCGGAGAACUUUUCGAUUACAUCGUUAAGCAUGGAAAGCUGAAAGAAAGUGAAGCCAGGCGUUUCUUUCAACAGAUAUUAUCCGGGUUAGACUAUUGCCAUAGACACAUGGUGGUGCAUAGGGAUUUAAAGCCCGAAAAUUUGUUGCUCGACGCUAAUCUCAACGUUAAAAUAGCUGACUUCGGUUUGUCGAAUAUGAUGAUGGAUGGGGAAUUUCUAAGGACCAGUUGUGGUUCUCCUAAUUAUGCCGCGCCAGAGGUUAUUUCUGGAAAAUUAUACGCCGGAGCAGAGGUCGAUAUAUGGAGUUGCGGAGUUAUCCUUUACGCCUUGUUAUGCGGUUCGCUUCCGUUCGACGAUGAACACGUUCCAACACUUUUCCGUAAAAUCAAAUCUGGCAUAUACCAUUACCCCAAUCCAUUGUACCCUAGUUUUGAAGUGAGGGACUUGAUUAGUGUGAUGUUAAGGAUCGAUCCUAUCAAAAGAGCCACUAUCGAAGAUAUCAAACAGCACACAUGGUUCAAAAAAGAUUUACCCGCCUAUUUAUUCCCUCCCGCUAGUGACCAAGAAUCAUGUUUGAUCGAUAAGGAGGCUGUAAACGAAAUUUGCGAAAAAUUCAAGGUAAAUCCGGGAGCGGUUCAUAAAGCGAUACUUUGUAACGAUCCCACGGACAAUUUGCUCAUAGCUUACAAUCUUGCUGUCGACAACAAGCGGAUCGCCGAUGACGCCGCCGGGAAAGAUAGCAUACAAGACUUUUUCGUGGCUUCCAACACGUGCCCAUCCAGUUCCAUGUCUUAUGGUGGUCCUUCUCAAUCCUCAAAAAUUCACCCCGAACGAAUGCCUCCCCUCAAGGAAUUGAUUCCCAAUAAAUCUCAUUCCAUCAACAACUCUGACGAAAAUCCAGAAGAUAAAAAUCACAGUCCAUCCGUCAUUACAGAUAAAAAUGACAAACCUUCUCCUCGUAAAACGAAUACCAUGCGAGAAGUCAGGAGGGCCAAAUGGCACCUAGGUAUACGGUCUCAAAGCAAGCCACACGAUAUUAUGAACGAGGUGUUCAAGGCCAUGAAAAGCUUGGAUUUUGAAUGGAAGAUCGUCAAUCCAUUUCACCUUUACGUCCGUCGGAAGAAUAAACACGAUGGAAAUUGGAUAUACCUAUGUCUUCAACUUUACCAAGUCGAUCAAAAAUGUUUUUUAUUAGAUUUCAAGAGUUUGAAUCCAAAUCAAACUAUCCUUGUCGAAAAUAAAAAAGACCUCCAAAGAAGUAAAUCUGCCGAUAAUGUUCUUAAUAAUUCCGCUAGUUUGAUUUCGGGGGAUUUAAAAUCGCUCAAAAAGGAUGAAAAUAGUGCUGAAAGUGAUUCUAUAGCAAACAAAGAUGAAAUUAAGAAUGAUGAAAAAAAUGCUGACGUCGACGAGAAGGGCCCGAACGAGAAAAAAAAAGAAUCUCAGCUUGAUGACCAUGUUUUUGUACAAGCUGAAGACGAUAAUAAGAUAUAUUCUUUAACUGAUUUGGAGAGUGAAGGGGAAGAUGAUUUUCCUAAAAAAAAUGACAGCUUAGACGCUGACGAUUCUUCCGCCUUUGCCGAAAAAGAGAUUAACAUGAAUGUUUAUAGCGUCACUCAAAAGCCUAAAAAUCAUCAAAUUUUAGAAUUUUUCGAAAUGUGCGCCGAUUUGAUAGUUACUCUAGCGCGAUAAAAUUAUUGUUUUUGAAAUAUAUUCCGAUUAAUUUGCAGAUUAUUAAAUGUGAUAUACAAUUAUGGUAAAUUUCUCACAUUCUCAAAUCUCUAAAAUUUAUUAUAAAAAAAUUUAUAAUUCUCAAUUAAUUUUUUUUUAAAAAUAUGGAUCUUGUUUUUUUGUCAAUAUUUUUGCAGACAAACACUUCAUUUUAUAUUAUAAUUUUUUAAAGUUACUUUAAACAUAUUGAAACUGUAAUCUACACCUCCUUAAAUUAAAAUAUUGGUAUAGAAGGCUUUAAUUUUUUUAUAAAAAAAAUUAUUGUAUAAGAGACUCUUUUGCCAUGUAAUUCAAUAAUUGUGAAAUCUAUAAGAUAAUUAAUUACUAUAUAUUAUUAAAUUAUAUUUUUUUAAAUAAUCAUUUUAUACGGUGUUCAUCAUAUAAAAGUAUAUUAUAAAUUUCAGAGAUUAUUAAAUUAUUUUAAAAAGCUACUACUUAUUUU